AUCACUUCCUCGGGCCCUACUUAACUUUUACCCGAAAUGUUUGCCUCCGACGAUGAAUUCGAACCGGGAAGUCCUGAAUUGGCCCCCACGACCACGACAAAGAAACGCAAAUCCACUGGUACCGGUUCUACGUCCAAGAAAUCUCGUACGAGCGCGUCAAACUCGAUCAUAGACCCCGAGAAAUCAGUCCUCAUAACCGCGGUCCUAGGCAACAAAGCGUCCUAUGCUGAAUCUACGAACCCUCAAGCCCUUGGGGAUAUCCUUGUCGACAUCGCUGGGUACGCGAGGGACUUGGAGACAGCAUUGAAGGAGAGCCAGGCGAAUGGGAGUGGAGGAGCAGAGUCGAGCUCUGGUGGUAUUAGGAAGAAGACGAAAGAGGAGUUGGAAGUUGCUGCGGAUAAACUGAGCAAUGUUGUGCAUAGCGGGAUCAAGAAGCAGAUGUCGUGGAAGCCGAGCUGCAAGACUAACUCCGCCAAAUUCGCUUAUGACGGGAUAUGCACCGAUCCUGAGGUAUUUGGACAUAUGUUGGGUUCAAGCGGGCCUCCGACGUGGAAGAUGAAGAAGUUCUCGAGGGAAGACUUCGAGGAUAAAAUUGGAAGGUGUACUGCCUCCAUACGGUACGGGUCUCUGCAGAUCACGAGCAAGGACGUGAACAUUCGCUGGAGCGACACGGGAGAAUUCAAGAUCACCGGGUCAUACGGCAGGGGUUUCUAGUUCUCAGUAUGCUACGAGGAGCAAGAACUGCGGGGGAUCUUCACUCGGAAUCGCUGCUUCAUCAAGCAUUAUCUUCUUCCCCACGUCUAAUACCUUUAAUAUGCUCCGAAUAAUCGAAUGCUCCACUUUAUCAUGCCGCAUGGCUGUCCAUAAGGAGGCAAGGAGGGACUAUGUCUCCUUACUACAACCAGUACGCAUAUAUUCAUUUUUU